GCGGGGACGGAAAAAAGACGAGGCGAAGAUGCGAAACGUUCUUCUUCUUCUUCACUGACAAUUCGGUCGAGGAGUGCGGAUGGUGACGGUGACGGUGACGGUGACGGUGAGGAGGAUGUGAGGAGGAUGGAUGACAAACGGGCGGCUGUUGCGACGAGUCGGUCGGUGUCGUCGGACGAGACGGAGGAUGGAGACGGACGUGGAAGUGGACGAGGACGAGGUGCAGACGGUGAUGGUGAUGGUGACGGUGGUGGUGAUGGUGAUGGGAGUAGAAGUGGGAGUGGAAGUGGAAGUGCAAGCGAGCUCAAGCAUCACGGCGACGAGCACGGCUUGACGCUCUCGCGGGGCCGAUGCAUCGCCCUCGUAGCCACCGUCACCGGCGCCGCCUUUCUCAACACCCUCUCCCUCCAGAGCGUCGUCAUCAUCCUGCCCACCAUCGGCCACCACCUCGCCGUCCCUGACAGCCGGCAGCAGUGGAUCGUCUCGUCGUACUCGCUGACCUUUGGCUGCUUCCUGCUGUUCUGGGGCCGGAUCGCGGACUUGUACGGGAAGCGGUUGAUAUUCAUCCUGGGCUCCAUCUGGGUGACGGCCGUGACGGCGGCGAAUCCGUUUGUGCCCAAUGAGAUUGGGUUCAAUGUCUUUCGGGCGCUCCACGGCUUGGGAGCUGCUGCGAAUGUGCCCACGGCGAUUGGCAUCCUGGGCGUCACGUUUCCUCCAGGCAAAGCAAAGAACUAUGCCUUUAGCACAUACGGCGCCGGCGCCCCUCUUGGGAGUGUCUUUGGAAACAUGCUCGCCGGCCUGAUGGCCCAGUACACCGACUGGAAAUGGAUCUUUGGCGUCCUUGCCAUCAUGGGCGGCGUCAUUUCCGUCUGCGGCAUCCUCUUCAUUCCGCCUCCUCUUCCUUCUCAGUCUCCGCCGCGCGCGAACAAGAAGGGUCCGCCCAAGAUUGACUGGAUCGGUGCUACGCUAAUUACCGUUGGCCUGCUUGCGCUCAUGUUUGCUCUUACAGAGGGUAAUGUUGUUGGAUGGGACACUCCUUGGAUACCCGUCCUUAUUGUCGUUUCCAUCCUCAUCAUUGCUGCUUUUGCGGUCUGGCAGUGGUAUCUGGAGCGAAGACUGAACGCCGCUUCACACAUGACCACAGAUGCCGGGGCUUUGGAGUCAGGAGAUGCCCCUCGCACCCUACAGCCAACUCCUCCAUCCCCGACGCCGCCGCUCAUCAAAGUCUCCAUCUUCCGCAACCUCCAGUUCAGCGCCGUCAUGGUCAUCAUGCUCCUCUUCUUCGCCGCCUUCAACAACUACCUCAUCUUCACCACCUACUUCUUCCAGGAAUUCCAAGGCCUGUCCCCCCUGCAGACGAUGCUGCGCUUCAUCCCGACCGGCGUGGGCGGCGCCACCGUCGCCAUCAUUGUAUCCCAGCUGCUCGACCGCGUGCCGACGCUCUUCAUCCUCAUCACCGGCCACGUCGCCCUCUGCGUCGCCUGCCUCUUGUAUGCCGUGCCCAUUGCGCCGUCGACGUCCUAUUUCGCGUAUGGCCUCCCCGCCAUGAUUCUCGCCGUCAUUGGCUCAGACACCACGUGGCCCUGUCUCACCCUGUUCACCUCCCACGCUCUUCCCAGGGAGGACCAGGCCGUUGGCGGCGCGCUCAUUAACUCGGUCGGACAGUUUGGCCGGUCCAUUGGUCUCGCCAUUAGUACGGCCGUGCAAACUGCCGUCAUGGCGAAUGCCCGUGGCUUGCCUGUAAAGAACGCGGGAGGCAUAGUGGCAUGGGACCCGGAGUCUCUGAAGGGCUUGCGAGCGGCUUCGUGGAUGAAUCUUGCUUUUGGGAUCGUGUCUAUGGGGGUUGUUCUCAUGGCGUUUCGGACUUUGGAUAUCGUGGGCAAGGUUGAGCCUGUGUCAAACAAGGCGAUGGGGGGAGUUGUUCGGAAUGAGAGAGAAAAGGGGGAAGAGGCUGUUCCUGAACCAGAAAGAGCAUGAUGCUGCCUUCUAUUGCUGAUGGUGCUCUUCCGCGAUUUGAUAUGUUGUGGGAACAUGAUGGCUUGGUUUAGAAAGAGAGGGAUAGAGAGGAUCUAGAAUAUAAUGAGAAAUGACCUAUUAUUGUUUUCCC